AUGAAUGGGUUCCAUAACGUUAAUAAUUUAGGUUCAUUGGCAACUCAGCAAAUGAUGACGAACAGGGUUGAAGUUGUCAUCACCAACUGGGAAAAUGGCUCUAUUAACGACUUGACAAGUUUUUUGAGUCGCCAGUCUCGUAUUGCAGUAAGAGAUGUACGAGUUGAAGGUAAUGCAGCUAUUGGUUAUGUUGCAAACAAGAAAGAAGCCGAAGCAUUAAACAAGUUCAAUGGCAUCAGGUUUGCCGGUAAGAGUUUGAAGAUACAAGUAACCGGAGGUGUCGACAAUUCCUCUCCAACAGUGAAACUAUUAAAAGCGUUUUUAUUUAGAAGAUAUGAUCCCCAGACUAAGAUGUUGAAUCUAGGUAGUAUACACACUGAUGCUGAAUUAGUACAAAAAGGUCUUUUCACCACCAUUUCUACGCAAUCAAAAAUGUUCGCGGCCAUGAUGAAAUUAGCAUCAUCGGAGUCAAAUUUAGUAGUAGAAAGUGUUAAUUUAUCAGAUAACAACUUGAAAGAUAUCAAUGGUAUUACAACAUUGGCACAGACGUUCCCAAAUUUAAAAAAUUUAUGUCUAGCCAAUAACCAAAUCGCAAGAUAUAAAAGCAUGGAACCUUGGAAGAAUAAAUUUAAAAAAUUAAGAGAAUUACUAAUGACGAAUAAUCCAAUUGUAAAUGAAAGGGCAUAUAAAAAUGAGAUGCUUAAGAUAUUCCCUAAGUUGGUUAUGCUAGAUAAUAUAGUUGUGAGAGAUGCUCAAAAAUUAGAUGCUAUUUACAACUUUCCAUUCAAGAGUAAGCCAUUUUUCUUUGAAAAUAAUGAACUGGGCUCAUCUUCAACUGAAUUUGUAACAAAUUUUCUAAAUUUAUGGGAUUCUGACAGAUCACAAUUGUUGCAAUUAUACACGCCACAAUCUCAAUUCUCCAUGUGUUCAGACGCCUCGGUUCCACCUUCUAGUGUUAAGGAUGCUGAUCAAAAUCCAUCAUUUGGUUUUUACUUAUCAUCAUCACGUAAUAUAACUAAAAUAUCUACUGAUACCUCAAUUCAGCAAAAAUUGGCCACUGGUCCAGAAGGUAUUGCUGAGAUUUUUAACUCCUUACCAAUGACCAAACAUUAUUUACUAGAAAAAGCAGAGUCGUACUCUAUGCAAACAAUAUCUUACGGUCAAGUGAAUGGGUUUAUGAUUAUCUUACACGGUUUCUUCGAAGAAACUACAAAACCAAUGAAUGUAAACAAUAAAGGCCGUCCUAGAAGAUUCAACCACGGUAGCAAUGCUUCAAGUGACAAAAGGCUCUCUAAAAAGUCCUUCGAUAGAGUGUGGGUGUUGGUACCUACAAAUUAUGGUGUUAUAGUAGCUUCUGAUAUGUUAACUGUAAGACCUUAUGUUUCUGCUGCUUGGAUAAAGGUACCGGAUACUCCAGCUACAAUUAAUAAUACAGCAGUUCCGAUGCAGCAAAUGAAUCAACCAAAUUUUGUACCUAAUACAACAAUGAAUCAACAGAUGAGUCCUCCUAUAUUAGCACCAACUCUGCAAUUACCGCCGGAAAUCCAGGCUAGAUUAUCACCUAUUCAAUUGGAGUUAUUGAAUAAGCUUCAUGUAGACACAAAAUUAAAUUCGGAAUACACAUAUAUGUUAGCUGAACAAAGUGGGUGGAAUUAUGAUGUUGCAUUCAAGGGAUUCCAAUCCAGUAUGGGGCAAAUUCCAAGAGAAGCCUACAUACAAUAA